UCGAGUGGACGGUUGACCGGCAAGGUCGUCUCGUGCGUGGCGGUGGCGUCUGCUGGACGGUUACGGUGGGGUAUGGCACGCCCCAGCUGGCAGGGGGUGGCCCUGGCCGCCCUGGUACUGGCCCUGGCCACCGACGUCUCCGCGCCGACGGAGCUCAUCACGGACGCUCGGCCAGGCUGGACCAGAUUUGAUGUGGACAAUUAUUUUUACGAUAAGGAGCAAGAGUUCAAGGCAGAAAUGAACAGAGCAUUUAUCGAAGAAUAUACAAAGAGGAAGCGUGAUGCCGGGGUGCUGCAGAGCCAGGUUGAGCGGCUGGGAGAGCCCACCGUGAAGCCCGGCCUGGACGUGAGCGCCGUGGAUUUAUUCUUUUUCGAGGGGCAGAUGUACGCCGUCUUCUCGCAGCGCACUCUGAACGAGUCGUACAUCGUCCACGUCAGCCACGACGCCGACAACGGCACGCUGCGCAUCGAGCGCCGCGCCUCCUUCUCCGUUCAGAGCUUCAUCGACAGCCAGUACAACGCCACCUACCAGCCCAGUCUGCAGCUCCGCGUCGUCGAGGUCAAGGCGUACGUGUAUGGCGGUAAGGUGUUCAUCAUGGUCGGCCUGAUGGAGAGCCUGACGCUGCUCUUCAUGGUGAGCGACCCGGCCACUUCCUGGACGCCCAAGUACCAGGACUCUGUGCUCAGCUACGACGAGGUGGCCUCCGACUUCGCCUUCUUCCAGGAGGAUGGUCAGCUGCGAGUGUUCGUGGCAGUCGGCCACCGCCGACUAGGCUACCGGAAUGACCUUGUGCCCGCCCACCAAUCCUAUGUGUACCGCCUAUCCGGCGGUAUCAAGUGGCUCCAGAUGCACACCGUUGCCACGCCCCACGGCGCCAGCUCCGUCACCACCUUCGCCGACCAGCGUUGCACUUACAUCGUCAUCGGCCAGAGAUCGGUUCAGAGUCUGGUGUACCGUCAUGACUGGGACACGAAGCAUCUGGAGCUGUUCCAGUACCUGCCGUCACGAAACGUCGUCUCCGUGAAGGCCUUCUUCCACAAUACGCAGACCUACGUGCUGCUUCUGAACGCAUAUGGGGCUGCCACCAUCUUCUGGUGGACCUCUGACCAGCUGUUCGAGUGGCAAUCACUGGAUGCAGGCUCCGACAUGGACCAGAUGCCUUCCGGCCACGUGGGGAUUUUUCACGACGGCGAGAGCUACGUCUACAUAGUCAGAGGGAACACAAUCUACUUCUACACUUCGUUCAACUCGUAUAGCGGCCAUUUCUCCCUGGCCUACCGCUACAGCCUGCAGCAGGGUGCCUCCGUGCAGCACAUUCAUGUGGCGCGCGUGGCGCAGGACAGCUACUACUUGCUCGUGUCUGUUAGCGCACAGUCCGCCGUUCAGUGGCUCGUGUUUCCGGUCGUCGUGCGGCAGUCUCACGUCGAUCCUCAGCCGCCAGAGCAAGAUCCGCUGUUCGACUGUCUCAACGAGCUGGGAGAGGCACUGGAGGCGCUGGACCGCGAGCUGGAUCAGCUGCUGCUGCUGGCCGACACCGUGUUCGUUAGCAACGGCGACCGCAACGUCACUGCAGCUAUCACCGUCGCCUCUGACAUCGUGAUCAGUGGACCAGUUGACAUCGACGAGCUUCACAUCAUGUCCAACUUCUCUGGCGAGCUGAGCGACGUCGACCUCGGGGACAUCCACGACGAGAUCUUGCAGUGCAACUCGUCGAUUGACCGGCUCAACAGUGGCCUGCAGAGCGCGUUGACCGUCUCCACCCCGCAGACCAUCACCGGUAACUACGAAUUCCACCAUCUUGGGAGCAAGGGAACGUUGUUCAUCAACGAUUUGUCGCACAUUGGGACUAUUCAAGGAACGUCGUUCCAGGAUCUCCUGCACUUCGCGUUAACAUACAGCGGCGAUCAGCUGCUGCAGUUCCCGUUAACCAUUCCCUCCGGCUCUGUGGCCAACCUCACCCUGAAAGCGACUGCCACGGUCAACGGCAUAAGUCCUGGCGAUCUGAUGUACGUGAGUGGUUCACAAAAUGUCACCGGCCAUCACCACUACAAGCAGCUGGGCGUCAGUGGCGACCUCUGGCUGACGGGCCCGCUGAACGGCGUGGACCUGACGUCCGUGCUGCGGCUGGGACAGACGCUGACCCUGCCGGCCGCCCAGCUCCCCGCGGCCAGCGUCGAUACUCUGCUCGUCACCAACAUCAACGGGAGGGACCUGGCAGCCUGGCAGAGGGACUUGAUCCGGCUGGACCGACCUCAGACAUUCACCGACAGCUUGGUGAUCAGCGACGCCAUCUUCUCCGGCGUGCAUGUCGUUAACCUCAACGGCCACCACCUCUCCAGCUUCCUGCGGACUCUGUGGAAGUCUGCCAACGACGUUGUAGCUGGCGCAACUGUCUUCAAUCAGCCGCUCUCUGUACAACACCUGGUGGCCGACCUCAUCAAUGGCAUCGAUUUGGAAAACGACGUCCUGACCACGGACACAGACCAGAAUGUGACGUCACACCUGCAGCUGGACGUGAUGGACGUCGCUGUGAAUCUGUUCAGUGACAGAGUCAACGGCCUUGACCUCAGCGAAGACGUGAUCCGCGUCACCGGCGGGCCGGGUAUCGUCACAGGCAAGGUAACCUUCUCUGGCGACCUGACGGUGACUGGUGACGUCAUCGUCGAGGACAACGUCACCAUCAACGGCGUGGACAUCUCGUCGGCGGCGACGCUGCUCUCCAGCCCCGGCUCGCUGCUCUUCACCCGACGGGUGCUGCUCACCGGCCACUGGACUGUACACGGCAGCGUCACACUGGUGUCGGUGGACGGCUACCGCCUGGCCGACUUUGACCAGCUCUUCUGGACGGUCGAUGGGGACCAGGAAAUUCGGUCUCCUGUGACCAUCAGGGACGGUUUCGUUGUGAACGGCAAUCUCGUCGUAAACACGAUCAACGGCAUCAGCACGGACAAGCUCAUCAACGUCCAGACGGGUGGCACCAUCCAAAAUGAAAUCAUAUUUGUGGGCAAUGUCACCGCGGCUGACGUCACUCUGCCGCCGGGCGGCAGGGUUAACGAUCACGACCUGUCUGAGUUCGCUCCAACUGUGGUAACGAGGGGCGGAGACCAGCACAUAUCAGGCGUUAAGACAUUUACCGGAGGAGUGCAGGCUGGAAACAUCAUAGUAGACACCAUCAACAACCUGAGGGUGCCAGAAGAUAUUCUGCUGGUGAACCAAGACCAGAUUCAAACAGGCUCGUUAACUUUCCUCCAAGACGUUGACGUGCUCAACGAGGUCAUAUCUUCCGGAGAUGUCGUCGUCACCAACACCAUCAACGGUUACCACGUGGACGACAUCCUGAACCUCAUCUUGAACAUCUGGGUCAACCACACUACGGAGCACGUUUUAGUCAUUGAAGGAGAUGCUCACUUCCACGAUCUACACGUUAAGGAGACGUUGAACACCGCCGGGCUGCUGGAGCUGUUGCACGGGCUGCUGAACCUCGACCAGGACACAUACAUUCCUGGCGUCUUCACCGUCAACGGCAACGUUCUCUUUGGCUCGCAGCUCAGUCUGAACACGGUGAACGGCGUCAACUGGGACGACUACCUCUCCUCGUUGGUCCUGGCCGACGUCGGGGGCACGGUCUCUGGCACCACCACCCUGCUCUCCUCGCUGGAGGUGGCGGCGCCGGCUCGCCUUCUGGUGUCCUCAUUGAACGGCUACACUCUGGCCGAGCUAUACGAACACCACCUGACCCUCCACACGGACCAGGUCAUCGGCCACCGCACCACUGUCGAUGGCUUCCUUCAUGCAGAUGACCUGGACGUCAGUGUCGUGAACGGCGUGCCCUUGGAGCAGCUCAUGUUCACCGACCGCGACUUGCACUUCUACCAGAGUGUCCACAUCUUCUCGGACGUGUCUACGACCCAGCUCGGCGUGGCUGGAGGAGCCAUCGGCGCCUGCAAUCUCACGAAGAUUUGGCAGCACGGUUUGAGGAAGACGGCACCCAUCCAGACGCUUAGUCAGAGCACCACUAUCGGCUCCCUGACAGUGAACGGCGACCUGACACUCAGUCAGAACGACGACCUGCUGCCGAGUCAGGACGACCUGCUGCGGCGGAUCGACCGCAUUGUGACAACGACCGGCGACCACGUCAUAACAGGCAACGUGACGUUCCAACGCCCGCUGGUGGUGACGUCACCGGAAAUCGCCCUCUACAACGGGCUGAGUGUGGCUGAUCUAUUUGAGAAUGCGCUCACAAACUCUUCCUCGGAGCCCGUGACGCUACGCUACCCACUGACCCUGACCGGAGCCGUGGCGCUGGGUGACGUCACGGUGACGUCAGACGCUCGGGUGGACCUGGUGAACGGGGUGGACCUGAGCCGGUGGUACGAGAGUCUGGUGCUACGCACCGAUAACAGGCGUGCAGCUGCAGGGGCGGCUGGAGCUGCAGGACGUGACUGCUGGCCACGUGCUGGCAACAGGCCUGAUCAACGGCAUGCCGCCAUCUACAUGGGUGCAAAUCAACGACACCAUACCGGCCGAUGUACACUUCGAUGGCGGACUCACAAUCAUCAACAGUUUGGAAGUGGGCGGUCUGGUGGACGGAGUCGACAUCCCGGCAGUUCUCGCCUCGGCCGUCAGUCUGCUGCGAAACGACACGGUUCACGCCGACGUCAUCUUCGACGGCGCUGUCACCGUCUUGAGCCUGAAUGCACCACAGAUCAACGACAUCGUCCUCUCUGAUCUGGUGCUGAACAAGCAGCUGGACAGGCUGCAGGUUAUCACAGGCAACAAGCACUUCGAGACGCUGCGCAUCACCGGUGGCCACUGCGGCUUGGUGAACGGCGUCAACCUCACCACCUUCUGCAGCAGUCUCCUCAGCUCUGCUGAC